AUGGAUAUAGAAUUCAAGUCUGAUUCAUCAACAAAUCGAUCUCCUGUUAUACUUGUAGAAUCAAGAAGACUUUCAGAGCCAAAUUUACGUUGCGUUGAAGCAGCUUCUCUGGUUGGAAUUCCAGCGUUAUUAGACACCGUCGACUCUUCCAAGUACCAGGAAGAUGAUGCGGACCGUCUGGUGGUUCUACUUCUACCAGUACUCCCAGUAGUAUUACAACCAGAAGCUGUUGGACGUUUUCCACUACUAUUUCUACGAGUAUCAUCAUCACGAGAUGACAGUGCUCCUUUGCACUUCCUCAGAUAUAAGACGGAAUCGUUAAAACUAGAUAUAAUACAGCUCGACAUCAUUCGUCUUAUAACAUCAACAAAUUUACUCUUAACUUAUAAAACUAAACGUACAGUAAUAUAG